CAGUGGUGCCGACCGGUUCGUCGGUGUCUCCAGUCGUCGGAUGAGCUGGACUGAAGCUCAGACUUACUGCAGAACAUUUCACACUGAUUUGGCCAGUGCACUCAACCAAACCGACAACGACCUGUUACAGCAGAUAGCACGUGACCAGGGAGCCUCCUGGAUCGGACUGUUUAGGGACACUUGGAAGUGGUCAGAUGGGACCGAGCCUACUAAUCUCCUGUGGGAUUCAGGACAACCUAAUAAUUAUUAUAGAAAUGAAGAUUGUGGAGAUCUUUAUAGGAGAUCGUUUACUGAUCGAGAUUGUACAGAAACUUAUUACUCCAUCUGUCACACUCUUGUCCCGGUGAAGGAACGACAGGUGAUGAGGCUGCAGGUGAAGUCUGAUGGCCGUGUGUUUGAUCCUGAUGUGCAGUCGUCUAUUUUAGAGCAGAUCAAUAAGAAACUGGAGGAAAAUGGCAUGAUGGAGAACAUCACAGUGAUGUGGAGGGUUCAGCCAGACGGAAACAUCUUUAAGAAGAAGAACAAAGACCUGUAAUGUGUAAACUAUCUCAUGUUAGAAUUUUAUUUAUAUAUUUAUCU